CAAGAUUCAGCCUCUUCUACAAACAACACCUCAACCACAAUGUCGGAAUUUACAAUUAAGCCAAAGAGCUCAACCUCGGAGGUUAAUGAGCCGCAUACUAUAAGACGCACCAUCAAAAGAUGCGCAAGUGACGAGGACGAUGACACUGCCUUCGUCAGACCCGCCAAAACCAAGAAGACCACUACGACCAAAAAGCAACUACAACAAGACUCAAGUGAUAGCGACGACAGCGAUGACAGUGACGAACAAGAAGAUGAGGGUGAAGAGGACAGUGAAGACGAGAAGCAAAGCACAUCCAAGAAGUCGAAGAAGCCAGUCCCCGCGAUCAGGAAGCGACCCUGGAACAUGCGCGUGGACAGUGGAGACGACGAGGAUGAACCAGUCAAUCUGACCAACAAGAGCAAAAACUCAAAGUCAAAGACAGAAACUCCAGCUCUCUCUACCAACAAGUCAACUGCCACAAAGCAAAAAGUCAAGCCAUCCAACAACGAUGAUUCUGAGAGCGACUCUGAAGAAGAAGAAGAAGAAGAGGAAAGCUCCAGCGAGGAAGAAUCCGACGACGAAGAGGACCCCAAAAUCACAAUUUCAGAAUACAAGGGCGACAUGUUCGCAGCUCCACCCAAAUCCCUCCUCCUCCACGCCUGCAACUGCCAGGGUAGUUGGAACAAGGGUAUCGCCUAUGCUUUCCAGAAAAAUUACCCGGACCACUAUUCCCGCUACUACGCCCACUGCCGCGACAACGAUACUAAAGACCUCAUCGGCACCUGUCUCAUCAUCCCACCCCAAAAGACAGGAAGACAACAUUGGGUAGGAUGCCUCUUCACCAGUCGCAAAUACGGCAGAGGUAAAGACAAGAAAGAUCAGAUUCUCGAAAACACAGAGAAUGCGGUUGAGCACAUGGUUGAUCAAUUGGAGGGUUGGCAGAAAAGGGGCAAGGAGAUGCCGAUUGCUUUCUGGAUGCCAAAGAUCAACUCGGGGCUCUUUAGGGUGCCGUGGGCUGAGACGAAGAAGACCAUUGAGGAUAUCACUUGCAAGGGCGGUCUUCACCUCAAUGUUGUGGACAAGAAGUGA